AUGCUUGGUAUCUUUAUCUCGUUCCUCUUGGCCACAAGCGCAACUGCCAUUUGGCCCAAGCCUCGCUUGGUUCAGAAUGGCACAACGAGAAUUGUUUUGAACUCGAACACAUACGGAUUUAAGGCUUUGACAUCCACCGUUGAGCUAGAAGAUGCUUUUCGGCGAUACAAAUCGAUUUUCUUCCCCCAUGCCACGGAGCCAGUGCCGGAUCCUUCCAACAAUGGCUUGGUGGUUGACAUCUUGGACCCCACAGCAGCACUGGCUUUGGGAGUCAACGAGAGUUACACCCUGGAUGUACACCUUGAUGGCACCACGUUCAUCGCGGCCAAGACAGUGUGGGGUGCACUGCAUGGCUUGGAAACCAUGUCGCAGCUGGUGGAUUUCAACUUCGCCACAGGCCAGUAUUCUGUGUCCGGCGUGCCAGUUCACAUCGAAGAUGAGCCUCGCUUCCAGCACCGUGGUCUCCUCAUCGAUUCAGGGCGACACUUUGAACCCGUAAUCCACGUGAAGGCGCUGCUCGACUCCAUGUCCUACGCCAAGAUGAACGUCCUCCAUUGGCACCUCACGGAGGACCAGUCCUUCCCCAUUGCAAGCCGAGUUCAUCCAGAGCUGGCGGCCAAAGGUGCCUACAACGACUUUGAACAGUACACCUGGCAAGACAUCGUCGAUGUGGUGAAGCAUGCACGGCUGCGCGGAAUCCGUGUGAUUCCGGAGUUCGACAUGCCGGGACACACUUCAGCCUGGAGGAAAUCGCAUCCUGAAAUUUUUGCUGAAGGAUGCUUGACGGAGUCUUCUCGAGGCGCUUUUGACCCUGCAAAGAAUGAGACCUUCGACUUCCUCCAGGCCACCUUGAAAGACUGGGCCGAGAUCUUCCCAGAUCUCUUUCUGCACCUGGGCAGCGAUGAAGUGCCCAGCGGCUGCUGGAACAACAGCAAGGAUUUGGCAUGGAUGAAGACAAUGGGCUUCGCCAACACCAGUGAAGUUUUCAACUACUUUGUGAAUCGCAUGGCUGCAAUCAGCACCAAGUUGGGACGGCAAACAAUUUUUUGGGAUGAGGCGUUCUUGUUUGCGAAGCCGCCUCAGGACGCAGUGAUCCAGAACUGGCAUGAUGCCUCCCUUAUGCAGAAGAUCGUCGAUGCUGGUUACAGAGCCAUUUUCUCGUCGAAUGGUGGCUACACACAUGGAUGGUAUCUUGAUGGCUUAGCAGCAACGUGGGACAACAUGUAUGUGCUGGAACCCUUGACCAACAUCAGCGCGGACAAAGAGAAGCUGGUGCUGGGAGGUGAGGGCUGCAUGUGGGGCGAAGGCGUUGAUCCAUCAGAUUUGGAAUUCACCGUGUGGCCACGCCUGGCUGCCAUCGCGGAGCGCCUGUGGAGUGACCGCAGCGUGAAUUCCACGGUGGAGGCGCAACCCAGGCUGGAGAUCUUCAGGUGCCAACUACUGGCCAGAGGCGUCCACAGUGGUGUGGUGGGGGGCAACGGUCGUUCACCACCUCCUGGCCCCGGGUCAUGCACCCAGCCUGGCAAGACGGAGGAGCAGCUCUUCGUGUAA